UCAAACUGCCUACAAUAAACUGUUGGCUAAAAAGAAAAACUUUGAGAUCGUGCUUGUUUACGUCUAUGAUUCAAUUGAUACUAGCGAAUAUGCAACUGAAGAAAUAAGAAUCAUUCUGGAAGACAUUCAGCCAAAUGCCCUGGCUGGCACUCCCGUUUAGAGACCCAAGGUGCAAGUAUUUGGAGCGGAUUUUUAGUUACCCUGUGGAUUUGGGGGUUCCGGGGCCGGAUCCCAGGCUUGUUAUUAUUGGGCCGCAAGGAAAAUAUUAUGAGCUGUAUGGCGUUGACAUCUUGCAGAACUUUGGUAUCAGUGCGUAUCCAUUCACUCGCACGAGAGUUGCUAAGCGGGAGGCCAAAUAUUUGAAGAAACUGAGGCUGGAUAUGUUCUGGGAUCCAAACACUUCUUUCACACAAAAUAAUGGGCGAGAAGUUAAGUUGUCGCAACUUGUGGGGAAGAAAAUCAUACUUGUUGUUGAUGGUGAUUGGGGCAGUGCCAAGUUUUUGCGGAGGCUAAGAUCAAGGUUUCUCGAAACGAAGGAAACAGACAAUGCGUUUGAAGUGAUUUACGUCUCGAAGAUAAAGGGACCUUCGUCUGGGAAGCAUUUUGUUGCCUCUAUGCCAUGGUUGAGGCAUCCUCCUCUUCGUAGAAGAUCAAGAAUAGCCAUGUUGUUGGGUCGUUUUAGAGAAGCUGUUGGAAUAGUUGCUUUUGAUGGUGACGGAACGGUGGUUAGGAGAUCAACAUCUCCUUCAAUUGAAAAGGGGAAUAAGGAUUUUCCAUUCUAUUCCGGUGGGUUGGAAGAGGAGGCCUUGAUGGAAUUCACAGAGGAGUAUAAUUGGGACUAUUUGCCAGCUCAAGUAUGGUGAUUUAAAGUUUUACAUAUCUAUUCUAUGUAUUUAUAAAGUGACCACGGUGAAAUCUAUCUUUCUAUAUCUCCCAGUAUUGUGUACUGAGAA